AUGUUCGACACGGAGCGUUUUAUUAUUGAAGUACAAGAAAGACCUCCUUUAUAUGAAGUGAAGUCGAAGGAAUACGCCAAUCAGGCUUUAAAAGCGAAGUUAUGGAUGGAGAUAGGACAGGAAGUGGUUGCUCAUUGGGCUGAUUUAGGCCCAGAAGAAAAAAACAAAGCUGGUAAGUUUACUUAUUAUUUUAUUUCUUAA